AAUACUCUACAUUAACGUAAAUUGAGUGCAGUAUCUAGUACCUAACCACAUCAUCACCUUCAUUUGCUACUGUUCAGCCAUAAGCGAUUUUGAUGGAGAUGAAAAAAAAUGGGGAUAUCCAGAGAAGAAAACCUUGAAUUUGAAGUCUAUCUUAUCUCGAUGGUCGGCGCAAACCGUGGAAUGGGUCAAUUGAAUAGUGUGUUUUAGUUCAUUCAAUUGUCACAAGAUGCGUUAUACGGAUGUGGUGAUUUUGGUUAAUUUACUCGCGUGCGCUAGUGCUUUGCCCACGUUCGAUAUUGACACAGAAACGUUCGAACUGUCAGUGAUACAUAUAAAUGAUUUUCACGCAAGAUUUGAGCAAAUCACCACAUCGGGUGGUAAAUGUAAAGAUGAAUCGAAAUGUAUCGCUGGACUAGGUAGAAUAAAGACUGAAAUCAACCAGAUCCUACAAGAGAAACCAGAUUCUCUAGUCCUGAAUGCAGGAGAUAAUUUUCAAGGAACACUCUAUUACAAUAUUUUUAAGUACAAUAUAACUGCCCAUUUCCUCAAUACCAUACCGUUUGAUGCUAUCGUAUUAGGAAACCACGAAUUUGAUGAUGGUAUCGCCGGUGUAACUCCUUUCAUGAAAAUGCUAAAUGCCCCUAUUGUGCUGAGCAACGUUAACGAUACAUUCGAACCCACAUUUCAAGGGCUGUACAAGAAAAGUGUUGUGGUAGAAAGAAACGGAAGAAAAAUUGGAAUUAUUGGUGUCAUCAUUCAAUCCUGCGAUGAAAUUUCCAACACUGAAAAUUUGAUAUUCUACGAUGAAUCGACUUCAGUCAAUGAAGAAGCAGAAAGAUUAGUUAGGGAGGAGGGAGUAUUCACUAAUAUUGUUUUAUCCCAUAGUGGUUACGGUGUAGAGAAACUGAUAGCACAAAAUGCGACAAAUAAAAUAAGUAUUAUUGUUGGUGGACAUUCACAUUCAUUUUUAUAUACUGGGGAUGAUCCACCAGGACCUGACAUACCCGCUGGUCCAUAUCCUACUGUGAUAACUAGUGAUGAAGGCAAAACUGUAUUAGUCACUCAGGCUUCCGCAUAUACGAAGUACUUAGGAAACAUAACAGUAUUUUACGAUGAAGAGGGCAAUAUUAAGAGUUGGUCAGGUGCCCCUAUAUUCAUGGACCAUAAAAUACCUCAGGAUCAAGCAUAUUUAAAUGAACUGAUACCUUACGCACUGGUUGUGAAUCAAAGCGCAAACGAUAUACUUGGAUCUAGUCUUGUUCGAUUAGAAAGAGACGACUGCAGAAUGGGGGAAUGCUUAUUAGGCAAUUUUGUCACUGACGCUAUGGUUUAUUCGUACGUACAAACUUCCCCAAGGUCAUCUUGGACUAAGGCAGCUAUAGCUCUCAUGAAUACUGGUGGUCUAAGGACUUCAAUUCCUAAAGGAAAUAUAACCUAUGAUGAUAUGACUAAUGCUCAACCGUUUGGAAAUGAUCUCUAUAUGGGAGAGGUGACAGGACAAGAUUUGAAAGAUAUUUUCGAGUUUUCAGCAACCCCAUACUUUUAUGGAAGAACGUUUAUCAAUAUCAACAUUUUACAAGUAUCAGGUAUACAAGUCACCAUCGAUGUCAGGGAGCCUAUUGGAUCUAGAAUUACGUCCCUGAAAGUGAGAUGUGCUGAUUGUCAAAUUCCUGUUUACGAGGACGUCGAUAAGAAGAAGAUCUACAGAAUAAUCGUCCCUUCGUUCCUCUUCCGAGGAGGAGACGGCUUCAACAUCAUUCCGGAUAGGCUUAGGAACUUCCAGAUAGGCGAGGUGGACAUGGACGCUUUCAGGAAUUUCCUACACAAUAGAAGUCCGAUCUUUGAAGAGGUCGAAGGAAGGAUUCAGAUAUUAGGCGCUGAAAAUAUACAAACAAGAGAUCUAUAUUAUUGAUGCUAAAUUUUGAAGAUAGUUUGAAUUGAAAAUUUUUUAUACGGAGCGUAUUACAGGUUUCAGGAAGGGAAGUAUCUGUAUUAGUUUUCAAAAAAAGAUGCCAUUUUGAGAAUGGUUCCUUCGGUAACGACGAGAAAAAUGUAUUGAGUAAAUCUAGUCUUUUUAUACCAUUAACGAGUCGAAAUUCUAGAUAAUUCUGAAGAUUUUCAUCAUAUUGAUUUGUAUUUCGUUGUAGAAAAAAAAUUGAAUAAACAUAUUUUGUUGG